UGUAGUAGUGCUCAUCAAGCAGCAAAAACAGUAUGUAGAUCAUUACUAGCAGCUGUUCGUAUUGACUUAUCAUGGAAGUCAGAUGGUCCAAGAAAUAUUCAAUAUGGAUCCUGUUUUAUAUCGUGGAGUGCGAAUGCUACUUUUCAAAUUGAUGAUUUGUACAAUGCUGCUGACUACUGCAUCGAGUCCUGUGGCCUGGCAAGUGUUAGUUGUGAAGUACGGGGUGUUACGUUGAAUGGCUACCUGGUAGAUCAAUGUUUGAGUAAUAGGGCAGAUGGCUGC